AUGGUCAAUUCUACGCACCUAAGUCAAUUCAUAAUUGUUAUUGUGGAAUCGCCCGUCAUUUGCAAAUGAAUUCUUGUCAAAAUCCCAAGCCAAAUAUACUCGAUAAAAACCAGUUUCCACGUUUAUAUUCAACAAUUGAUGGAAAAAUAAAGUUAGUUCAAGAUACAAAUCCUCGACAAGCUAAAAAA